AUGUCAAAUUCGAUGUCGUGUGAGAAUACUGGAAAAAUAUCAUUGAUUUUGCCAUCUCUACGUCGAUCACAACGGAGCUCAGGUUCAGCGACUGCGCUGGUACACAGAGGUUUACGUUUGCUUUCGGUUUGCGGUACAUCGAACACAGUGCGGCUGAUAUCACCACAUGCUACACGGCUCGACAAUCGUCUGGGCAGGACACUACGUUUCCCGGGCAGUGACAUGGAUGCCACAAGACAUGAAAAGAUAUCGGAAAUUAAAAACUAUUCGCAAUCCAAUAGUUGCACAUUUUUGGUCGAUGAAUGAAGAAGCGAAUGAAGUCAUUGCAUUAUUUACUCUAUAUUUUGAUACUAAGAAUGAUUAUAUUUUGAUACUAAAAAUGAUUAUAUUUUGAUACUAGA